AUGGCAGCAGUUCUUUCGUUGAACUAUUACAUAACCCCUUUUGUUUCCAAUUACCUUAUUGCAUCUGAUCUCAUCGGAAUCAAUUUAAUUUAUUGCAAUUUCAUUCAUCGAUUGAAAGUGUUGAUGGCUCUUCCAAGUGAAGAUUACGAUUACCUCCUAAAGGUUCUUUUGAUCGGCGAUAGUGGUGUUGGAAAGAGUUCACUUCUUGUACGAUUCUCUGAAGGAUCUUUCAGUACUAGUUACCUUCCAACUAUGGGCAUUGAUUAUAGAAAUCGAAACAUAGAGAUGCAUGGAAAACAGAUCAAGCUCCAAAUUUGGGAUACUGCAGGUCAAGAGAGAUUCCGAACAAUAACAAGAGCUUAUUAUCGUGGUGCUAUGGGCAUAUUACUAGUUUAUGAUGUUACAAAUGAAUCUUCAUUUAACAAUAUUAGGAGUUGGAUGCGUAGCAUUGAGCAACAUGCUUCCGACAAUGUCAACAAAAUAUUGGUUGGAAACAAAGCUGACAUGGAUGACAACAAAAGAGUCGUGCCUACCUCCAAGGGCCAAGCACUAGCCAAUGAGUAUGGAAUCAAAUUCUUUGAAACUAGUGCAAAAACAAGUCGAAAUGUGGAAAAAGCUUUCUUCUCAAUUACAAGAGAUAUAAAACAAAGGCUUGAUGACACUGACUCUAUAAAAAUGCCGACAAGAAUUAGUAUUAGUAUCAACCAACGUGCACAAAAGUCGGAAUGUUGUGGUUGA